CUACUGCACAUUUCCCAUCUUGCCCUGGGUGGACAUUCUCGUCUCUGUAUACGGCCUAGAGCCCCAUACGGGCCACUAAUCACCUGCCUCGCCAUCAUCACGACGCACACGACUUCACCGUUCAUCUGUAGCUGGCCUACCCGAGCGCCAUGUCCGACUCAUUCGCUGACCUCUGGAACUCGACCGGCGUAAGCAAACCAGCAGAACAGCCACGCAAGCUGGGAUCUCUGGCCCCAGUAAUACCCCCCUCUCGGAACGCGAAGAACGAUGUCUUCGUCCCUGCCUCGCGCUCGGGCACGCCAGGGGCCGCUGGGCCGAUCCAGUCUACGCGAUCACUGGGAACGAGCAGCAGCGAUGCGUUCAGCGGUCUCUUCUCUGGCUCACUUGCACCCGGCUCCACUGCGAAUCGCGCGAACAUGACCAUAGCCGAGCGCGCAGCUCAGGCAGAGCGGGAGAGGAGGGAACAGUCGCAACAACAGCACGCCGCUGCGAAGCAGUCCGCAAAUGCAUGGGCGGGACUUGACUCGCUUGGGAACCUCGUGCCCGCCGCCAAACCAUCUACGCCCGCUCAGGAUGACUGGGGACUGGACGAUUUCAUCUCUCAGCCCGCUGCCCGGAAACGUACGUCUGCACCACCACGAGGAGAGUCGUUAUUAGACCUAGACGAAUUCAACCCUAUUCCCUCCGCCCAAUCAACGCGGACUUCCCCUCACCCUCCUCAAAGCCGCUCGGAUACACCAGGCGAUUUCGACUUCGGUGAUCGUGAGGACGGGCUGCUCGGUGACCAGUCAGACGAGGACGACAUACUUGGAGAACUUAGUAAACCAGUCUCGCAGCGUUCACCACCGUCAUCUAGCCAAUCUAAUCGAGCAAUUUCGUCGUCUCAGACUGUGCCUUCGCGUUCGAGACCACAGUCUCGGGCGGUUUCUCCGCCUCCCCACAUCCUCGGGAAGAUCGUAGAAAUGGGCUUCUCUGUGGAACAGGCGCGUGUCGCGCUUGCCUCCACCGACACAGGGUUAGAUGUAGAGGCAGCCCUCGAGACAUUGCUCGCCAACGCUAGCGCGUCAGAGCCCGCAAGUACAGACAACCAUAGAACGCAGCGCGAGCCUGGGUACGAGCGCUACUACGAGUCCGACGAGGAACAGUCUGCGCCCCCGCGGCGACGUCCAGCUCCGACGUCUCGCCCGAGCGCCUCCGGGCGCGCGCGCGAGGCGCCACCGCGGAAUGGCCCGUCGCCCGGGUCUGUGGAGGCACAGCGGAACCUGCAGGAGCAGGCGGACAAGCUCAUUGCGCAGGCGAGCGAGAUCGGGCUGACCAUGUUCAACCGCGCAAACGCGUUCUGGAAGGAGGGCAAGGAGAAGGCGCUGAAGGCGUACGAGGAGCGUGCUGCGACCUCGCGCCAGGGGAGCUCAGGCUCGCCGAACGCGAACGGGCGGCCGAAAUGGAUGCAGGAGGCGCCGGAAGGGGAGCUUGGGGACGGGGAGCAGAGGGAGGGGUUAGUGGCGCGGCGUAAGCAGGCGGAAGCGCGCCAGAGGCCUGAGGCACAGUCUGCUGCGUCGAGAGUCAAGACGGGCGACCUUUUGUCGGAUGACGCGCCAGCUGUGUAUACCUCGCCGUGGCGGCGGAAGACACCGUCGCGGAGUCAAGCACCGACACCGUCCACACAACAUGCAGCAUCGACUUCGAGAGCGCAGCCUCCGCCCCGCCGGAAGACAGUAUCAGCAUCGUCGGCUGCGAUGGCCGCAUCGGCGAAGCACAAAGCUGCAGGUACUGAGAUGUUCAAGCUCGGACGGUACGCGGAGGCAGAGACUUCCUACACCUCCGCCAUCGCCACCCUCCCCGACUCUCACCUGCUCCUCGUCCCACUCUACAACAACCGCGCACUCGCACGCAUCAAGACUGGUGACCACACUGGUGCGAUCGACGAUGCUACCACGGUGAUCACGCUCAUCGGGCCGUCGUAUCACCCUACGCGUGAGGCCAAAGUGACGCAGGAGGACGAGGGCGCGGGGGUUGACCUCGCAGACGCGCUCGUGAAGGCGUUCUGGCGCCGCGCGGAGGCGUACGAAGGCAAGGAGAAGUGGGAGACGGCUCGCCAGGACUGGGAGACGAUCGCGGGUGCGGACUUUGCGGGCAAGGCGCGCAUGGAGGCCGUCAAGGGCGUCGGGCGUUGUCGCAAGAUGCUCUCCGCGGGGACAGACGUCCCCCUUCCUGCUGCUGCCUCUGCGUCCGCGCCCUCUGUGAGGUCGGCGCCCAAGCCGAGGCCGCGUCCUGCUCCUGCAGUCGUUGUGCCCACUGAGGCUGUUGACCGCGUGCGCGAGGCGAACCAGGCGGCGGAAGCGGAGGCGCAGGCGAAGCACGAGCUGAAGGACGUCGUAGACGCAAAGCUGGCGGGGUGGAAGAACGGGAAAGAGACGAACAUCCGCGCGUUGAUUGCGAGCCUUGACACGGUGCUCUGGCCUGAGCUCGGCUGGCAGAAGGUGGGCAUGCACGAGCUCGUAACGCCGAGCCAGGUGAAGAUCAGGUACACGAAGGCGAUUGCGAAGCUGCAUCCCGACAAGCUGAACGCGAAGAACACGACACUGGAGCAGAGGAUGAUUGCGAACGGUGUCUUCGGGUCGCUGAAUGAUGCUUGGAACGCGUUCAAGCAAUAGACACUAAUUUAUCGCGGCUUCUGUUGUAUUGCCCGGAUCCUAAUCUCAGUGAGUUGUUGUACACUGUUGCAAGUGUUGUUUCGAAAGGGGCCUUGCUCCUAUAUUCAACAUACUCGUUCGAUUGAUUGUUGAAUGCGACAUAUCGGUCACGUGGGUUCUCUGCGAGUGGCCGGCCUGUCAGGCCACUUCAGUUUCGCGGACUUGGAAGUUCCACUCAUGUACAAUGCAUGCUCGAUGCGGCUCACAAUGAUUAACAUGGUCUUGGCG